AUGCCUUCGUGUUCUGCUUUCAACUGCACCAAUGGAUCUCGUAGUGCGAAGCAUCAAUUCCAACUUUUCAGAUUUCCUCUGAAUGAAAAGAAGAGACUGGCACAAUGGGUUGCAAAAGUGAGGCGUAAGAACUGGGUGCCAAGUUCAAACUCCAGGCUGUGUGCUGCUCACUUUGCUGAGGAAUGCUUUUUGGUCAAAGGUGGUAAGGAUCACACAUAUGCAAGUAAAUUUGAGAACGUUGAGCUGACUGAAGACAAAGUUAUUGAGUUUGACCAACACACACAAAGCUCAAUCUUUGAUACCAGCAGUGACAUGUCCUCAACUCAUGAGCCACAACACUCAUCCCCCCCUAAAACAGCAGUUGCGUUACAUUCUACAAGCCAGGUACAUCUGUUGGAAGAUGGAAACACCGGAGUGGAUGAAUUACACAUUCAGGACAGCGAGCUAACUCAAGACAGCGACAUUGACAAACUCCAGUUCUCUCCCCAGAUCACAUCUCUAGUACAGUCAGCAAUAACCCUGGAUCAUCAGUAUGUGGCCGGAGACAUUCAGGAGAGCGAGCUCACUCAAGACAGCGAUAUUGACAAACUCCAGUUCUCUCCCCAGAUCACAUCUCUAGUACAGUCAGCAAUAACCCUGGAUCAUCAGUAUGUGGCCGGAGACAUUCAGGAGAGCGAGCUCACUCAAGACAGCGAUAUUGACAAACUCCAGUUCUCUCCCCAGAUCACAUCUCUAGUACAGUCAGCAAUAACCCUGGAUCAUCAGUAUGUGGCCGGAGACAUUCAGGAGAGCGAGCUCACUCAAGACAGCGAUAUUGACAAACUCCAGUUCUCUCCCCAGAUCAGACAUUUUGUAAAGUCCUCAAUAACUAGAGACGCUCUCGUCAUCAUGGUUGUUGCCAUAGACGAUUCCUGGAAGCUCCCAGUGGCCUAUUUCUUUAUUGAUUCACUCACUGGUGAAGAAAGAGCAAACAUCUUAGAGCACGUGGUGGAUUCAACAACAAUCCCACAACCACACAGUUCACUGCAGCCUACAAACGCCUUCUCGUCAGACAGCAGGUGA